GGAAACAGUGUCUGUAAUGUAAGUAAUUUCAUUUCUCUGUACCAGAAUGGUCGUCGAAUAAAAAAAUAUCGAGGCAUGGGAUCUCUUGAAGCAAUGACAAAAGGCAGCGACCAAAGGUACUUGGGUGAUACAGCUAAGCUGAAAAUUGCACAGGGGGUGGUUGGGGCAGUUGCAGACAAAGGUUCUGUUUUGAAGUUCAUACCUUACACAAUGCAAGCUGUGAAACAAGGUUUCCAAGAUCUUGGUGCUUCUUCUCUGCAAUCUGGUCACGACCUCCUAAGAACAAGCGUUUUAAGGCUAGAGGUAAGAACAGGAGCAGCACAAGUAGAAGGUGGAGUUCAUGGGCUGGUUUCUUAUGAGAAGAAAUCCUUUUGAUGGAUAUAUCUCUUCAUUUGCUGCUGGUGCUGCCUCUCGGAAUCUCUCCAUGUUUCAUUCUGCAACCAAAUAUCACAAAUUUUGGCACGAGUGACAAGGAUCGAUUGUCAAACUGCUACAAGUUUUGGAAUAGUAGGCGGUUGAGCAGCAAAAGUUUUGGUCUUAAAUAGUUCUCUGGCUUUUUGUUGGUUACCAUGAGAGCUUCCAUAUCUACCGCAUCUUGUUUGACCCUGCACUGUAAGUGGGACAUAUAUAACUAGUUUGAUGUAU